AUGUCCCAGUACGGGUUCCGGAAAAACAAAUCAGUAACCGAUUCGCAAUUAUCGUUGAUCACAGAUGUUCAAUUGGCUCUUACCAACAAUAAGUCGGUGUUGGCAGUCCUCUUGGAUGUGAGCGGAGCUUAUAACAAAUUUUCGGUCCUAUAUUCUUUGUACGUUUCUGAUCUACCUUCUAUUUUGCCGGACUGGAUCCGAAUCAUACAAUACGCGGACGACAUUUGUCUCUAUGUCAUUGAAGAUUCUUUAGCAAUGUGCAAGAACAAGCUUGUGGAGUUUAUUCCGAAUUUAGACAAAUGGCUCGAAGGGAACGGUCUGACGAUAUCGGACUCUAAAUCGGUUAUAUGCCCGUUUACCCGCCAGGCUGGUGUAAAUCAACUAGGUGGAGUGUUUGUUAAUGGGCGUCCUCUACCUGACUGUGUGAGAAGAAGAAUAGUGGAACUCGCCCUGAUGGGCGUUAGGCCUUGUGAUAUAUCGAGACAACUGUUAGUGUCUCAUGGGUGCGUUUCAAAGAUUCUGACUCGUUUCUAUGAAACUGGCUCUAUAAGGCCUGGUUCGAUUGGGGCUACAAAAACAAAGCAAGUUGCUACACCGUCAGUUGUCAAGAGGAUCCUUCGGUGCAAACAAGAAAAUCCAGGCAUGUUUGCAUGGGAAAUACGAGAGAAACUUCUUUCGCAAAGAAAUUGUGAACCACAUUCAGUUCCUAGUGUAAGCUCGGUAAAUAGGAUUCUUAGAAACAGUAUGACUUCAUCUAGUCCUUGGGGCCAAGCCUACUCUAUACACGAGUCACCGCGAUACCAAACAGAUGUUGUAGAACCAUCGACAUCAAAUGACAGUGAGGGCCGCCUUGAACAGUGGGUAUCUUCAAGUGGCGAUGAAGAAGAUGAACCCAGACAGCCUAAAAAGAACCCCUAUUCUAUUGAAGAACUUCUCAAAAAGAGUCCAAGAAGAAAACCGCCCAUUUCCUCAUUACAUAACAUGCUCUUAAACCAACCGUGUGGUCUUUUGAUGGACAAAGAAUGUACCUGUAAUUUAAACACAUAUAUUGUAUAUCCAUUGGUACCGUCAAGCAAUUCAAAUCUAUGAUUAUAAAUUGUACAAACCGCUACAAACUGGUCCUUACCUUAAGUAAAGUUGUGAUGUUAUUGAUUUGAAGUGAAUUAGUGAUUAUUUCUUGAUGUUAAAUAAAUCAGAACUUGAAAGUUUAUUUUAAGAAACAUUCUUUUUCUUAUGAUGGUGUAAUAGCUAUCAAGCUCAAUUAAGUGUAAAUCUGCUUACAUCUGACUUUACUUCCUUAAAAUUGAAUAAAAAUAAUUGAAAUAGUCCAUAUUAUUUGAUUUAUUAAAUCUGGCCCGAAGGGAAUUGAGUGUAUAUACAUAAAAACAAUCAUCCUAAAUUUAAGUGAAUAUAAUAAUUUAUAAUUUAAACAUUAUUACGCUUUGUUAUAUAUACUGCUGAAAACAGACAUAUGCAUAUAGGCACAAAUAAUGAUAAAUUGCUUUUAUUAUGAAAUUAUAAUAAAACAAAACCUUUAUAUUUUUUCUGGAAUUAAAUA